AGAUUUCUUUCAAUUUCGUUUUCUUUUUGUUGUUGUGAAAAGCAAUGCAAUAAAUAAUAUUAUAUGAUUAUGGGAUGCUAAGCAUUAUUAUCAAAAUUUUAUUUGUGAGUCAUUACAUUUUAUACCAUCUGUCGUGCAAUUCGUACUUUCAUUUCAGUUUCGUGGUAUUCAGUGCAUUUCUGAAAACGACUCCAACGUCUAGCUUAUAUACGCUUAGCUUAGUAGCUGAUGCAUGUCAAAUCUAUCUGUUAGAAGAGCAAGCGUAAUCAGGAGCUGUUAAGCCUAGUCUCUCAUAAAGAUGGAAGGAGACGUCGAAUCAGAUUCCGAUGAUGAGAUCGAAUACUCGGGGAUGAUACAGCCCCCACUUAUCAAACAAUUACGGACUAUUCUGAGUGAAUAUCCAGAUGAUGGACAAAUUCUCAAAGAAAUCAUUCAAAACGCUGAGGAUGCUGGGGCCUCAGAAAUGAAGAUAUUGUACGAUGGCAGACGAACUGUACAACAAGAGUCAACCAGAAGAGCACCAUUCAGAAAAUACUUCAGGGGACCAGCGCUGUUGGUUUAUAACAAUGCUGUGUUUUGUGAAGAUGACUGGAAAGGAAUUAAGAUGCUGUACAGCAGCAUAAAGGAAUUUGACAGAACAAAAGUCGGCAGAUUUGGUCUAGGAUUCAAGUCAGUUUUUCACAUAACAGAUCAUCCCCUCAUCAUCAGCGGGAAGCAGCUUCUAGUCAUAGACCCCCAUCAAGAUUCGUCGAAGGUUUGUCAGACAAUGCAGCUAAGGAAACUUCACAAGUACAAGAAAAUGAAAGUGGAGGACUGCUUAGAAACAUUCCAAGGAGUUUUUGGUUUCGACCAAUCUACACUUGACAACGGUCAUUUCAAAGGAACAAUAUUUCGGUUUCCUUUACGUGAAAAUGAGACUGAACUAUCAGACAACACAUAUGAUGAAUCAAAAGUUAAUGACCUGUUUAUGUCCUUUAAGGACGAAGCUCCGGUUUCAUUGCUUUUUCUCAAAUGCUUGGAAAGUAUCGAAUUACUGCGGGAAGAAGAAAACUCAUUACAAACUUCAGACGUUGGAAAGUUUCACUUUUCUGUGAAAAUAGAUGAAUCGACAGUAGAAACAGUACGGUCUGCAAGAACAGAAAUGAGAUCAAAGAUGCAGGGCUUAGAGGAUACAUUGCCUUCUGUGUCUAUUGUAAACAAAUAUGACAUGUCGGUCUGUGUCACCGAUGAUACACAUGUCACCACAACAAAAACAUGGAAAGUAAUGAAUUUGUUCAAAGGAGAAAACAACAUGACAUCACACUUGAAAAAACUUUCCUGUGACUCAUCACUCUCUUAUAGUCCAUACGUAGGUGUUGCCUUGGAUAUGGACUGUCCUUUAGAUUUACAAGGUCAUGUUUUCUGCUUUCUGCCACUCCCGCUGACAGAGAAAAGUCUAAGUGGGUUGCCAAUUCACAUUAAUGGCUGUUUUGCUCUCAGUCAAAAUAGAAGAGUUGUAAAAUGGCCAACAGCUGAUCAGAUUCGUCACCAUGCACACACGGAUAAGUCCAUCCAAUGGAAUCAAGCUCUUGUUAAGGACGUUUUGUCAGAACUUUAUUCCAAUUUCAUACACGAGUUAGUAGAAGAAAGUCAAAGGCAAGGGAGGCUAGAAGAGUAUGCCCCGAUUGUGUCUAGAUGCAUUCCAAAUAUUGAAAAUGUUGACGAACACUGGCAAAUUUUGAUAUCUCCCAUGAUAGACAAAAUGAGAGAUUUGCCAGUAUAUUUCACCCCUAAUGAAGGAGGGAAGUGGAUCCUUAAGAACCAAGCAGUAUUUCUGAGAACAAGCAUGAUGAUGCAAACAGAUGAGGAAGUAGUAUCGACUCUUCGAACAAUUCUUGAGAUGUAUCGUCAAAAUACCGUAGAAGUGGAAAAUUACCAGUGGGAUACUAUGAGAUUGCAAGGGAACCAAGAGGUCAAUCCCGAAUUCAUAAACAUGAUCUUGAGAAAGUCCGAGGAAUACACCAGUUGCAGUGAUGACGACAAGUUCAAUCUGAUUCGAUACCUUCUGAGUUCCGGCAAUGCUAAACAUUUGGAAGGUCUCUAUCUUGUACCUCUUCACAAUGGGAAUUACACAAAAAUUAGUCGAGAGAAGAAAAGUUCGAACUUCAUACAUAUGGCAUCGCCGGAAGAGGUAGACAUCCUGGUUGGCAUGGAAGAUGUACUUUUGCGUAUGUUACCGUCAGAAGUUACGAACAUGUUUUCAGACCUGGUUAAAAAGGGCAUAUACCAGAUCCGUUACCUGAAUGAGGCUAAUUUCAUCGAUCUCCUGAAACGAACAAUUCAUAAAAAUAUCAGAGAUGGACCGUAUCCCAUCAGAUGGAAAAUUUCAGGCUCAGAUCUUGAUUUGAAAUGGCUUGAAAGGGUAUGGGAAUUUAUAGUGGACAAAUUUCCAAGCAAAUUAGACAUUGUGUCACAUCUCCCAUUGAUUCCGGAAAUGGUAGAAAGCGACGUGUAUCAAAUGCACAUGUUGAAUGAGAAUUUGAUGUUUGGACAGAUGUCGAAAAACAUUUCAAUAUGUUUGAAAUUGCUUUCAGUCAUAGUUUUGGGAUCAUUGCCGGACUUUGUCUGUCAGCAUUCUCAGUUACAUAAAUUCAUACCCGAUACUUCUGCUGUUAGUAUUUUGAAUAUCAUCGAUAAGGUUGGUCGAAUGCAGAAUUGGAAAGAAAAGGUUGAACAGUUCAAUCAAAAUACUACAGUGGAACAGAAGGCAGAAUUCCUACAUUUCUUCAGCAGGGAACGUCAACCACUGAGCGAAUCUGCGAAAAAUGUAUUGAAGAACUUAAAAAUGUUCGAAACUCGGAAGGGAUACGUUAGCAUUUCACAAAAUAAUCGAGUUCUACCACAAAGUCUGCCUGUGCCUUACCCGUCAGAUGUCAUUCUAUCCACAGACAAAAACACCAUUCACUUUGCGAAGCAACUCGGGGCACAAGCGCUAGGUGAAGCAGACAUCUUCAAGGAAAUCUUACUCAGCAUUUUGGACGAGAAAUUUUAUAGCCAAGAAGAAAUGCUGAAAGUGAUGAAAUUUAUUGUAGAAAAAAAGAUUUACAACACAAGCAACGAGCUCCUUCAGCUAAUUAAAAGUGUACCAUUUGUUCUAACAAGGAAAGAUAUGUACAAAAAACCAUCAGAGUUGUUUGAUCCUUCUGAUGACAUUGCUGUCAAAAUAGUUUUGAAUCAAUCUAUGUUUCCGGCAAGAAAUGUCCAGGCAAAAGGAAUCAAAGUACUAAAGAAACUGGGACUCAAGUCAAAUGAGAAGUUAACAGCUACAGAAAUAUACCAUGCUGCUAUUGCAAUACAUCAAAGCAGUAUUGAGAGUCAUGUAACAACUUCAGAUCAAGAAAGACAAGCAGCAGUUUUGAAAGUACUAACCAACAGGAGGGAUUUAUUUAAUGAAUAUGUGCAAAACGAGGGACAAAAUCUGAGAUCACUUUUGAUGGAACUGGAAAUAAUACAGCCACUUCAGCGCCCAAGUUCACCUAUUCCAAAUAUGCAGUGGUUCAAGUCAGAACAUUUUUAUUGCAAGCCAUCCAAAGUUUACCACAGUAAAUAUGAAGGACUGGUCGGUAAUGUUGUCCCAAUCACUAUACCCAAUACAUCUUCCACACUAGCUGAAGAAUUUGGCUGGGAUACUAGGAUACCAGAUUUGGAACUUGUACUGCGGCAGCAUUUGAAAUAUACAGAAAAUUAUGAAGAGAAAAACAAAUCGGAGUAUCUUCUUCCUGUCAAGCGAGUUUAUGAAUAUUUGGCAGAGUUAUAUGCUUCUAAAAGAAAUAUUGAGAUACAGUUAGGGAAAGUAUGGAUGGGCGAUGGCUUUGUUCUACCAAGUCAAAUCUCUAUCAAUAGGAGUUCAGAUGACAUUGCACUUCAGCCAUAUCUUGUACCAUUACCAAAGGAGUUUCAAACAUACCAGAUGAAAGAAUUAGCAAAACAUCUUGGUUGCAAGCAAAGACAAACAACUGAAACACUUAUUGAAAUUCUGUACUCCUUGAAAGACAAGCAUGAAAAUAAUCAUCUCGGAAUAGACUGUAUUCAUCGUGAUCUGGAAAUCAUAAUUAGGAUCCUUAAUAAACUGAAAUUUGCUCCUGAAAUGGACAGUAUGAAUGUACCAAUUCCAAUUCACACAGCUGUUGACACGAAACUAGAAUUUCGACCUGCCGAAGAGUGCAACUACUGCAACGCAGACUGGUUAAAAAGUCUGGCGGAAGAGGAAGGGGAACAGAUGUAUUUUGUUCAUAAGGAUUUAACAUCUGACACUGCAGCAAGACUUGGAGUACCAUCUCUUACAGAAAAUUUGUUAUCAGAGACUGAAGGUAUCCAGGAAUGGGGGCAAACUGAACCACUGACCAGAAGAAUAAAAAAUCUGCUUAAAGAUUACAAAGAUGGUUUUGCUAUUCCAAAAGAAAUUGUACAAAAUGCUGAUGAUGCAAAAGCUACAAAAGUUUGCUUCCUUUAUGAUGAAAGAGAAAACGUGGAUUGUAGAACAAGGCUGAUUGACGAACAGAUGGAAUCUUGUCAGGGUCCAGCCCUGUGGGCAUACAAUGAUGCUUCAUUCUCACAACAGGAUUUAGAAAAUAUUACAAAACUGAGUGGAGCAACCAAGGCAGAUGAUUUGACCAAAGUUGGAAAAUUUGGACUAGGGUUUUGCUCGGUGUACAAUUUAACAGACGUUCCUAGUUUUAUCACCGGUUCAAAUAUGGUUAUAUUUGACCCGCAUGCAAAGUAUCUCGGCAAGGCUGUGAAGAAAAGUAAUCCGGGACUCAAAAUAGACCUUACAGCAACGAAAAACAAGGUUCUGGUCCGAAGGAUGAGAAAUCAAUUUAAACCUUUCAACACCAUCUUCGGUUGCAAUCUUGACACUGAAAACCCGUCGUUUUCAGGUGUUCUCUUCCGAUUUCCUUUGCGAACAAAACAACAGGCUUUCCAAAGCGACAUCAGUGAAAAACAUUACGAUGAGAAUGAAAUGAAUAGCAUGAUUAGUUUGUAUGUGGAAAGUGCAGGAAAUUUGCUACUGUUUACCCAACAUGUCAAGGAAAUUGAAUUCUAUCAUCUUCCAAAAAAUUGUCCUCCAGAUGAAAUGGUUCUUUUGCAUCGCGUUCAUAGAAAGGAUCACUUGUCAGACAACUCUGAUAUUUUAUCAACAUUUGGAUCAGAUAUCAAACUAUGGAAAAGGAAUUGCAAAAGGAACCCUCCGAAAGUUCUUCAGAAAUCAUUAGUCAGUAUAUCAAGUGAAGUGACCCAAGACUGCCAACGAUUUUGUGAAUCAAACCAAGGAAAAUUUGAAGCAAAAUGGUUUAUAUCGUGGGCAUCUGGUACAACAUCAAGCUUACAGAUGGCAAAACAAACUAAUCUUGCAGGUGCGUUACCAUUGGCAAGCAUUGCAAUUUAUGUUGAAGAAGAAGAUGGUGAUCUAAUUUUCAAACCCCUGCAAGCGACUCCCUGUGGAUUUUACAAUGAAAGUCAUAUUUUUUGUUAUCUACCUUUACCGGUUACUACACCACUUCCUGUACACGUAAAUGGAUCAUUUGCUGUAUCCUCCAACAGAAGGCAACUCUCAUUAAAAACUAUGGAUGACAAAACAGAUUUUGAAAUUGAAUGGAAUCAAGCACUGCUGUCUGACGCUGUUGCCAAUGCAUAUAUCCAUUUGAUAGAAAGUUUGGGAGAAAAUGACAUACUGUGUGAAAAUUACCAAAAUAUUUGGCCAACAGUCUCGAACUGUAAUGAAAACAAGCUGUUUGAUGUGUUUUACAGAUCAUUUUAUGAAUUGAUUAUUCAGAGAGAUAGCAAAGUGUUUUGUAGAGACAAAAUAUGGGCACCUUUGAGUCGAUCUACAUUCUUAGAUCCAGAAUUGCAGAUGUCAGAUAUAGGAGAAAUGGCAUUAAAAGCAACAAUUCAUUACAUAGAAAAUGAAAUCGAGACCUUGAUUCCGCUUGAAAAACAGAUUUUAGAAAGUUUUUUAGCAUUGUUUAGAAAACUACCAGAUCAGCUGCAAUCAAAGAUAAUUCCUUUAGAAGGAUUUUAUUUGGAUGUAUUUCUAAAAAAUAUCAAUGAUGAAUACUGGUCGUUGGACAUGAUCUCAAAUCUUGUACUAUUUGCAUUAGACAAAGCAAAUAAGGUGGUGAAUUCAAGCAUGAAAGGAAUUGAAUGUAUUCCUACCAGUCCUAAGGGAACACUAAAAAAGCCAUGCGAAUUGGUGGAACGUGGUGGAAAGGCAGCACAUUUAUUUUCUGAGGAGGACGAACGAUUUGUUCCAAGAGAAUUUGAAACUAUAGGUCGUCAAAAAGUUCUCAGAUGGAUGGGAAUGAUGACAAAUGAAAUCCAUGAUAAUCUCUUAAUUGAAAGGAUUUCUUCAGUUGAAAUAGUCGCAGAUAAAUGCAAGAAAUGUGGUAUCGAAAGAUGUAAAAACAUAUUGAAUUACAUUCAAGGAAGUGAUUCUUUAACAAAAGCUGUAUCCAACCAUAUCAAAAACAUUGCAUUUCUCCCUGUUUUAUCAAAACCGAAUGACUGGCCUUUACAAUGGGCAGCAGAAGCCAGUCAAUCCAAACUAUUUGACUCAAAGUGUUCUCAACAUUUGAAAGAAUCUUUCACAUUUACAUUGGCUAAACCAGCAGUUCUUUACAUGGAACCUUGUAAACAUUUGGUUGGAUGUUCAAAGCUUAUUGUGGACAUGUCUAUGUUACAAAUCUCACUGUAUUCCAGAAAUGUUCUUUGUAAAAUCGGUGUCAACAGAAAACAGGAUUUACCAGUUGCAGAAGUUGUCCAUCAGCUUACUGUAAUAUGUCAAACUGUUGAUCCUCUGUCAAUAUCAGAGACCUCCAAGCAUCUCCUGAGAAUGGUUUGUGCAGAUAUUUAUAAACAUCUGGAUGAUGUGUGCCAGAAUGGUUCUUCAAUAGAAAUUGAGUCACUAAAGGAAGAGCCUUGUCUUCUGAUUGAUGAUACAUUCGUGAAGCCUGACCAAACUGCAUUAUCUAUCCCAGUUACUUGUUCUCCAUUAUUAUUUGGCUUGAAUCGUAUUCAGUGGAGAAGCAACACUAGAUUUUUGCAAGCGAUUGGUGUGAAGAAAGAAUUUGAUGAAAAGGAUGUAGUUGCAGUCCUAAAAGAAAUGACAGAAAAGCAUAAAGGUGCACUUGAUGAAACAUCUCUAAAUCUUGCUUGUAAACUUGUUGAAUUACUUGCUGAAGUAUCUAAAGGGACAGACGUCCAGGAAGGCAAAAUGGAUAUUUGUAUUCCUGAUGAAGAUGGAAUUCUUUCUCCUAUUCGUAAUUUAUGCUUUGAUGACAGUACGAUGUUACAAAAAGGGGAAUCUUUAAAAUACAUUCAUCCGAAAAUCAGAGAGGCAGAUGCAAGAAAACUUGGAGUACAGUCAAAGAUAAAUGGUUCGUUGAUGAAAAAUUACAUCAAACAAGUGAGACCAUUCGGACAAAGAGAAGAACUUUCCGAUCGCAUCAGAAGAAUACUUCAACAAUAUCCAUUAAACGAAGGCAUUUUAAAAGAAAUGCUGCAAAAUGCAGAUGAUGCAAAAGCAACUGAGGUGAUGUUCAUUACAGAUUUUAAUAGAUACGAGACAGAAAAAACAUUUUGUUCGUCAUGGAAUUCACUUCAAGGGCCUGCGCUUUUGGUAUACAACAACAGUUACUUCACUGAGAAUGAUAUCAGUGGUAUUCAGCAUUUAGGUCGAGGAUCGAAAGGAGAUGAUCCAACAACAACAGGACAAUAUGGUGUGGGUUUCAAUUCUGUUUACCACAUAACAGAUGUUCCGUCAUUUCUAUCCAAAUCACCUAAAGGUGACGAAGACACAUUGUGUGUUAUGGAUCCACAUUGCAAAUAUGCGCCGGGCGCAAGUGAGAUUUCACCUGGUGCCAGAUUUGAUCGAUUAAAUGACUUACGGAAACCGUUUGUUGAUGUUUUCAAAUGUUAUCAUGAGGAUGUGUUACUUCAGUCACCAGGAACAGUGUUUCGAUUACCACUGCGUACUCUUGAUUUUGCUGAGAAAUCCGAUCUGUCAAACAAGGUAGUUUCUGAAGAAACAAUCUCAAAAAUGUUGGCGACGUUUGAAUCAGAAAUGACGAAGUGUUUAUUAUUUUUGAGGAACGUGACAAAAAUAACUGUAGCAAGCAUCGAAAAUGGAAAACUGAUUGAGAAAAACAGUACUGAACUGCUCAUUUCAGAUGAUGAUAGAAAGAAAAAAGCACUGUUUGACGAACACAUUGUGAAUAAAGCCACUUCAUUUCAGAAAACCAGAGAAAGCAGAGAAAUAUUUUGCACAAAUCCAAUAGAUGUAACUUACUUUGUGACAGUAAAACAUCAACUGAAAGAUGAAAGCAAAUGGUGUAUUAUUCAAACCUUUGGGUUUAAUGAUGGGAUUCAGAUUCCAAACUCUGUUCAAGAUGCCUUAGAUGAUCACAAUUUAGGACUUCUACCCAUUGGAGGAAUUGCAAUGCCUUUGGAAAGGUCUGCAUUGACAGAUGCAACAGCAUUUUGCUUCUUGCCGUUGCCUAGCACAACUGGCUUAACUAUGCACGUCAAUGGUCAUUUUUCUCUUGACAAUGAAUCAAGAAGAGGUUUAUGGAAAGAUGAUAAAAAGGAAUAUAGAACACAAUGGAACUAUAUGGUGUUGGAACAUGUCAUUGCUCCAGUUUACACGAAGGCGCUGGAGUCUUUACAGGAUAAUUUAGGAUUACACCCCACGUCAAGACAUGAAUCGGGUGAUUUGCGAAGAAAACUGGAUAUGUUUCACAGUUUUUUCCCAAAUAUUGAAAAAGCCAGCGACCAUUAUUGGAAACAUUUUGUGAAAGCUGUGUAUUGCUGUAUUGCUGAGAGACACAUGAAAUUGUUUUUGUCCCAUAAUUUGGUCGACAAAAAUAUCAGUGAACUUUCAUGCUAUCCCAUGCAUGAGGAAACUGGAAAUGUUCUUUUCAAUGAUGAAUUCACAGAGCAUGGGACAGAAAAUCAAAAUAUCAUUCAAAUUUCAAAAGACUUGGGGGUUAAACUAGUAGAUACUCCUUUAUGGAUCUGCAAGAGUAUCGAAAAUGCCAAUAAUACAAUUCAAAAAUUCUGUGCAGAAAGUGUCAUAGAUUUUCUAAAUUCAGAGGACUGUGAAGUCAAAAAUGCCAUAAGAAAGAACGGACAGGUAGAAUUGUCAAAAUCACCAUUUAAAACACUUGAUCGUGUGAAGGCGUGUUUAGAAUUUUGUAGGAGAAGCGAAAAAUUUAUCUCUGAUGUAGAAGGAUUGCCUCUCUGUGUAUUGCAAACUGGAAACCUUGUAGAAUUUCAUUGCGACAAACCUGUUUUACGAACAUCAUUUUCAAGCUUAGUGCCAAAUUCAGCCGAAAAUUUCCUACACACAGACUUGCAUAAAUUAUUCUGCAAAGUGGAAUUGAAGUGUAUAGAAGAUAUGAACCUUCAAAAGUUUGUGGAAUUAUUGCCAUUUGAAGUGGACUAUGACAUGUUUCGCCAUCAGGUAUGCCUGUGGAACCCAAACCAGUCGAAGAUUCCAAACAAAUCGUGGAUGGAGAAGCUAUGGAAAUUCCUCAAGGAAAAAAUUGGGGAGAAUCAAGAUAAAGUAGAAGUAAUGCGCAUCAUUCAUCCGAUACUGCCUUGGAGUUUAAUUCCAACCACACAAGUGUGUGGUACAAAGCUCUUUGGAUUGAUGGAAGAUGUUACAAACAAGCUUAUCCCUGUGGAAUCCGCCAACCAUGUCAUCAGUUUAUCUUCAUUUCAACCAGCAAUGAAAUAUUCGUUAAAAAAAAUAAAUUUGCCUCUGUUGGACAAUAACUGUCUGCCCUCUUCACAUCCACUGCGCCAUCUCGUUGCUUCACAAGAUCGAAUUCAUGACGUGUUAGAGUGUUUGCAUGUUCAUAGGCAAUUAAUAGCGGAAAAUACAAAAAUAGAUCUCGACGAUUGUGACAACAUUCUGGAGUACUUCGCGGGUGGAUUGAAGGGUUUAUUAAAUCUACCAAAUUCACAAACCUUUCUCGACAAGUUGAGACAGCUACCCUUAUUCACGACUGUGUAUGACCAAAAAAUCAGUUUGGAAGAAAAACGUGAUAUUUUAGCACUUCCGCUUGGUCUUCCAAGAGACGGAAUGAAUAUAUGGGCUAAGAGAACAAGAAAGAUACUGCUGCGUCAAAAUGAUAGACUGAAAUGCAUUUUCGAGCAUUUCAAUGUGACGGAACACUCUAUAUCUGAAGUAUAUAGGGUGCAUAUUCUUCCAGCAUUCUUCAAUAUACCUGAAGAAAAAAGAAUGGUCCACUUAGAAUACAUAAAAAAUGAAUUGUUGAAAUGUUCUGGAAGAUAUAAUGAAGAACAAGACAAACUUAUCAAAGCAGUAAAAGGAAUUAAAUUCAUACCCCAAAGUGGAAUUUACAAAUUUGCCUCUGAUUUUUUCAGUCCAUUUAAUAUGCUGAUAACAAUCAUGUGUGAGGAUCCAAACUGUUACCCGCCUAAGCCAUUUUCCACCGAGUCAUGGAGAGUUUUCAUGACUAAGGCUGGAAUGAAAACAGAAGUGUCAAAAGAUUUAUUUUUAGAAUUUACACUUCAGUUGCAAGUACAAGGACGCACGGGCUUGUCCAAAACAAUUGAAAAGAAGUCAAAAUCCCUUGUCCAUCAUUUAAUACAUGCAUCUGAACUUCAUUCCACUGACUUUCUGGCACAAGUGAGUAAAAUCAAAUUCAUUGUACCACAGAAAAUAGACUCAGUGCAUAGUAAAAUAUAUCCUCCUCCAAAAGAUGAAUCUAACCAUCUGAUACACUUCAACGGAUCUGUGAUGAGUGUGUAUGAAACAGUUGCGUGGACACAAUGUAGGAUACUGCCAUAUUGGAUUAACAAUGCAAAUGUGUUCUCAGGACUUGAUUUGUCAGAAGUUGGAGUUCAGAAACCAAAGAAAGGAAAAAUUCUUACCCAUAUUCAAACAGUAUGCAAUCACCUUGGAUGUCUAUCAGAGACAAGUAUCAGUUCCUUAGGAGUUGAUCAGAUAUCAAGAUUGAUGAAGGAAUUUUAUGAAUAUGCAAGUGGUUCAGACAUUUUACCAUCAGAGUUACAGAUCUUCAAGGGAAUUCCAUUUCUUUUCGUUUCCAAACUUCCACGUUUACUGCCUUGUGAAAGAUUUACUCUUCAGUUUGACGAGCAAUACACAAUGAUACCGUAUUCAAUGGUUGUUCCGGAUGAAUACUUUGGAUGUUUUCCUCUCUUCGAAAAACUUGGAGCUGCCAGGAAAAUUUCUACAAAAACAUUUGCAAAUACAUUAAAGCAAAUCCAUUCCAACGAUGGUAUGAACGCAAACGAACUGAAGAUAGCACAGAGAACAAUGAAAUAUUUCUUUGAGUUUCUUCCAUCGGAUAAUAUUUCAGAGGAGCUAGAUGAUCAGGAACUUUUCCUGCUAUCGAAAAACAGUAGGUUGAUAAAGGCUGAAUCAUUAAUUUACAUGAAUGAUAUAAACUUGGAUACAGUUUUAACAGACACAGAAAAACAUUUUGAAGUAUUGUCAGAUGUGGAAGGAAUGGACAAAGAAAGCAUGCAAACAAAAUUAAAAAGUCUACCAGAGAGAAUUCGACCCAAGUUGGUAUCUGAUGUCAUCAAGUCUGAAAUUGAUAUGUCAAAUGCCAGUAUAAGUGAAAAUCCGGUCUCAGGAGAAAUAAAUGAUUUUCUUGUAAGCAAUGAUUUUGUCAAUGCGGUCCUGAGAUUGGUGUUGAAAGAAAAGCUUGACAAAAGGGAAGACCUCCCUUCUGAUGAGAAUAUUUCUCAUAUCAGAGAAAAUUUGAGAGCAAUACGUUUAAAAUGUGCAAGUGGUAUGCAAAUAGUUUACAUUUUCCAAGGCAAACUUAUUCAAACAAAACCAUGUCGAAGACAUUUUCAGUGCAAUGAGGAGAAUGGACAUCUUCAAUGUUUGAUUUAUUCGAAUUUCUUUGAUGAAAAUGAUUCCGAAAAGGUUGUCCAUAGAAAUCUGGAUUCCAUUGUUAGAGCCAUCAGAAAAUGCACGGACUGUAAGUUCAAUAAGACAGAACAUUUACUUAUGCUGUGUAUGAAAAUGAAAAAUCGCUCAGAAAUCGAAUCUUUCUUGGUUGAACUUAGCGUUCCAUCUUUGAACAAAAAGCAUAAUGACAUCUCCCAUCAACUUCCCAAGCCUGGUGAUGUUGUAGAAAUCCGAUGGCAUGCUAUCCUAGACAAUGCCUUCAUAUCAUUUGAACCGGAAGAGUACGUGGCUUAUCUUGCAGGCACAAACGAAACAACAGGAGAUAUGGAAUACAAAUAUGGCAUAGUGAAAGAAAAAAUACCAACUGCUAGUACAAGCAAUCUGUCAUUUUUACAAGCAUACCUUGUCGAAUGGAGACCACACGAAGAAAAGGAAAUGAAAGCAUUCGAACUUUACAAAUUUAAUAGAUCAAAGAAACAAGAUGAUAACAAUACGUUUCAAGAUUUUCAAGUUAGAGUUUUGAAUAGAAGGGAGCCAACUUCUGAUCAAAAUUUACCACCUCGAGAUAACAGAACUUUGGAUGCCAUUUUCAAAGAAAUCAGAGAAAUCUUGAAGCAUGCAUUUACACUUCCUGAUGAUCAACGGAGAACUAUUUGCCGCCGAGUAAUGUUCCAGUGGCAUCCAGAUAAAAAUUCAGAUGAUGUUGAGAGAGCAACGAAAGUAUUUCAGUAUAUACGAAAAAUUAUUGAAAAACUUGAAAAUGGAGAAAAUGUUGAUGCGGAAGAAAGAACAGAACAACCAAACAGAUCCCAUCCGUGGAGCGAUAGUUUUUUCGAUGAAUUUGAGAGAUUCUUCAGAAGAGAGCAAGAAUACCAGAGGCGAUCUCAUAGACCAUCAAGCUCAUCAAGAAGUCACUAUCAACAUACUGACGAUACCUACUACCCAAAGCCUCAGCCGUACGAAGCUAGUAAAUGGCUUGGUGAAUCCAAAUAUGAUAUACGUUUUGCAACGCAAUCUGAAUGUUCAACAGAGGAUUUCUUCAAUUGGAUUUGUUUGAUCAGCCAUCAAGCUGCUGAAAAGGCUCUGAUUGCUUGGCAGUAUAAUGAGGACUCAAAUCGAGUUACACGUUCUGAAAACCUUUUGGAUCUAGCUCGGGCAUGUCCUGAUGAGCUACGACGUUUAGCAAGUGACCUACAGAUCCUAACACACGACACACAGAGGAUGAGGUACCCCGAUACCAAUCACAAACCAUCCACAGCUUACAGCAGAGUCCAGGCAGAUCGCGCGUUAGAGCUGGCCAAGCUCAUAGUAGACAAGGUGGGCGAGAUCAUCUAAUACCCACUUCUGCAUUGGAACAUUUCAAACUUGCUACAAUUACUGCAGUGUUAUAAUUACAUCAGGUUUUUAGAAAUGUUAUUAUAUAUACAUGUAAUUGAACUACGUAAAUGUCAUUAUUUAGAAUAGAAAAUACAUUGUACAUAUUUUAUUCUAUGUAUCUGUAGAUUGUUUUCAGUUGUUUUUCUUUUUGCCAACUAUGUGGGUUUUUUUUCUUUCCAUGGUGUAUUUUGGGUUUAAAUAUGUAAUGCUACCUUCCAAAUGUGUGUGUCAUUAGCUACUUAUGGCUAAUAUUUCAUUCUACAUUGUUAUAUUAUAAGUACGAGUUUUCUUUUUAAAUAAUGCUGAUUAUAAAUGUUUUGUAAUGGUAUUGCAUAGAAUUGUAAUGUAUAUAUACUUGUUUAUAUUACAUUUCAAAACCCUGUCUGAUGUUAACACAUCACACACACGUUUAUAAAAGUCAUAAUAACGCUUUGAUUCAUGUGUUUUGUCGCAGUAUGAUUUGCAUAUAUACAUGUAUUACAUGUACUAGUUUUGAACAUUCAGACAGAAUAUUAUAUUGUUUAUCAUUCAAUGGUAUUUUAUAUAGUUUGUACUUUUCAUCACAGUAUAUUGAAAACUUUCUAAUAUACAAGUGUUAAUAAAUCUGUAAUUGUGAACAAUUUGCAAAUCACAGGUUUUGUGUAAUUCAUGACAUCCUCCCAAAUCUAUGUCAACUUUAUAGACUUAUUUCUAUGAUUAUAUUUUUUGAUUGAAAUUCAAAAUUUCAUAUAAAUUAAUCUAACUAUAUUUUUUAAACUCUUGUUACAGAGAAGAAUAUUGAAAUAAUUUUUUUUAAUUUUAA